GCUGAGGCGGCUGGAGGAGGAGUGGGGUGACUUGGGCCGCUUUACGCCUUCGGAGGUUGAAGAGCUCCUCAUGGGAUGCCCGCCAAGCGAGCCUGGAGAUCGGGAGUCGAGCGAGCCUCAAGAUCGCGAGCCCAAGUCGAGCGAGCCUCAAGAUCGCGAGCCCAAGUCGUUCGAGCCUGGAGAUCGCGAGCCCAAGUCGUUCGAGCACGGAGAUCGCGAGCCCAAGUCGUUCGAGCCUGGAGAUCUCGAGCCCAAGUCGUUCGAGCCUGGAGAUCUCGAGCAGCCUACGGGCCCGGCCGUUGCAGUCGAUGCCGAGCUCGUCUUCAUGUCCUACAGCUCGGGAGGUUGCUCAGAAAAAGUACGAAGAGGCUCACUUGAAGAUGCCAUCGACUUGGAUGAUUCUUCCAGUGAAACCGAUCGGGCUACGAUGGAGGCUUUGGUGGACGUGAGGAGCUUUGUCCAUCCAGAUGCUGUUGCUACCGACGAGCCAAAGGGCAAGGCCAAAAGGGCCACAGGGGAUGAGGUGCCGGAGAACGAGGACGAGAAGAAGAAGAGGAAGAAGAAAGAAAAUGAGGCUCCCCAGGAGCCAAAUAGGACUUUCGCCGGUCGCCCGCCUCCGCAGACCACGCCGUUUCUCUGGAGAUUUCAGUUUGCUGCUGAAGCCUACAAGGAGUGUCCUGCUUGA